AUGCGAUUACCCGAUAGAGCAACGGCAGAGGAAGCGCGUAUUGCAGCGGGCUAUUCAGAUCCUCAAUGGCGGCGUUUUAUUGAUAUUACUAAGGACGUCGCUCGUGAGCUACGUGAGAAAGAUCCUGAACUUCGUUGGCGCAGGGUUCCGUACAACCGAAAGUGCGAGAUCACGGAAAUGAUCAACACGCAACUCGUAGGCGAGGGUAUCUCCGCUAUUACCAUUGAACUGGUAGGAUGGCGUAUGAGCAGGGUGAUUGGAAACCUAAAGUAUGCAGAGGCUAAGUCUACCCGAUCUAUCGACCAUCCAAUUGAAAUGAACAGCGCUACGUACGCCGGGGGCGCAGAUGGCGUGACGCCUGCUAAAGACGUUCACGGCGCGGCUGUUGAGGGUACGCGUACCUUUGACCCCAUCCGAGACAUCUAG